CUUAGUGUGAAGGUGGUGAUUUUGAGGAAAAUUAAAGCAAUCUGUACUGUAAAGUUUUAUAGUCUGUCUACCAAUAAUUGAUAAUUCUGGUAAAAUGGUAACAUUUCCAAAACAAACUUGUUCAUGUCGUGUGAUGAUGAACCUGUGAACCGGCGUAACUGUUGGCAUUUUCGUACAUUUAGAUUUUUUGUGUUGGUUCUUUGUUCCUUUUUCACAUUGCAAAUGAAUUAAUUAAUUUCUAUCUGUGUGAGUUUUAUUAGAGUUUUGUUUUACGUAGUGUAGUUUGAACGAUAAAAGAACAAUGUUAACGAACGACAUGAAUAUGGAGAAUGGCGGCGGCGACGCUAAUCCCAAUGUGUCAGCGACCAAACUCAUGGUCAAUUAUAUACCAGAGCUAAUGACUCGCGAUAUGAUGUACGCAUUGUUUUCCGCAAUGGGCAAGAUCGAAAGUUGUAAGUUGAUCGCCAACAGAGGUUACGGUUUCGUCGAGUAUGAAAAACACGAGGAUGCAGAGAAGGCGCGGGCAGCUUUUAACGGAUUGCUCAUGCAAGGAAAAACUUUAAAAGUUUCCUUCGCGCUACUUAAUCCGGAAAAUAAGGUCAGCCAUAAACCAGACAUGGAAUCGAAUCUCUACAUAAGCAAUUUACCCCCUGACAUGACAGUUGAACGACUCAACAGCCUAUUCUGCCAGUUUGGACAUAUAACCACGAGUCGAGUAUCGCAGGGGAUCGGUUUUGUUUGCUUCGAGAGCCGGCAGCAGGCUGAGGACGCGAUACAGCACAUGAACGGGCAGGCGCCCUUCCCCGGCGCGGGCAACAUGCUCGUCAAGUUCGCCAACAAGCCAAACAAUAACAAAAAUGGACCGCGGUCUAUACAGAGAGUAGUAAGCACCUCGACAAUUGCAUACAACGGCGCAGCUGUGUUCAACGGCUCGACGCCUGCCUUCAACGGCACCAAUCUAAGCGCGGCGUUCGGUGCGCGGCCUGGUGGCUUUGGGCCCGCCUACCCGCAGGCGUCGCCGCCACCGCUGCUGCCGUCACCGGGCAAGGCGCUACCCUUCAUCAACAAGGGCCAGCAGCGCUUCAACCCGAUGGCGGCGACGAACCACUCGCCGCUGCCGCUACUGGGCGCGCCAGCGAGCCCCGUGCCCCUGCUGGGCGCGGCCGGCCCCCAUCAGACCACAGUGUACGUAUACAACAUCGGUGAGGACACGGAGGAGCUGGCGCUGUGGCAGCUGUUCGGCCCAUACGGCGCCAUCGACUCUAUUAAGGUUAUCAAAGACCCCGAGACUAAGAAAAACAAAGGUUUCGCGUUCAUAAACAUGCGCGAGUACGACGAGGCCGCCAUGGCCAUUCAGACGCUGAACGGGUUCACGCUCAAUGGGCAGGUUCUCUCGGUUAGCUUUAAGACGCAGAAGAGGAGCACCUAGGGCCGCGCCCCGCCUGCUCGCUCAGGCCACGUGACUAUUUCAUUCCAAUCUCAAAAUAUUUUUGUAGUCGAGACGAGAUCCUCUACGUGCAUUUCAGAUUAGUCGCAUAAGUAUUUUUGUAAGAUUUUAACUAGUUUUUUACUCGCGAGAGCGCGACAUGACUAUCUGUGAGUUGAGUUGCUUAACAGUAUCGUAUAUAUGUGUAUCCCUAUAUCUUAUGAUAUGGUAUUAUAUUAUUGUACUAUGUAUGGGCCUGUCUCACCGACACUCCCCCUCCUCCAGGUAUUUUAUUUUGUGUAAAACGAACCAUUGUAUGUUUUUUUUUAUCUUUAAUAAACUUCAUGUUUAAAUAGAA